AUGUCCACGGAAUCAGAAGCCAAACAAGAAAGCACAUCUAGACGUGGUUCCUUUGCCCCAAUCGAAUUCACUGAUGAUAUUUCUAAGGAAUGUCUGAAACAGAUCGAAUUCUAUUUCUCAGAAUUUAAUUACCCAUAUGACAGAUUCUUGAGGACUAUGGCCGAGAAGAACGAUGGUUGGGUCCCAAUUAGUUCAGUUGCUACUUUCAACCGUAUGAAGAAAUUUAGACCUAUCGAAAAAGUUAUUGAUACUUUGCGUACUUCCGAUAUUCUAGAAGUCUCUGAAGAUGGUGAAAAUGUUAAGAGACGUAUUCCUUUGGAUUUGAAUAAGGAUAAAGAGGCUAGAUUAGAACAAAAUAAGAGGACAUUGGCUGUUAUGAAUAUUCCACAUGAAAAUGUAAAGAGUUUGUCUGAAUUACAACAUUCCUUGGAACUUCUUUUCAGUAAAUUAGGUGAUGUCAAUCAAUUACGUCUUCUAAGAGUUAACCGUAAAAAAUUCAACGGUACUGCUUUAGUUGAAUUUAAAACUUUAGAAGCAUGUGAGAAUGUUUUGAAAAACUAUUCUGGUUCUAGUGAUGAUGACUCAAAGGAAAUCUUAUCCUUUGAAGGUGUAAAAUUGGAUAUUAUAAGUAAGAAACAAUACAAUAUGCAAAGAGAAGCCACUAGAUCUAAGAACUUUGGUGGAUCUGGACAAAGAUCCAGAUCUUUCACCGGUCACAGAAAAAAUAUGCCAAAAUUGACUCCACCAAAGGAAGCAGAACAAGAUGUUGCUAAUGCUAUCAUUGGUGAAACUGAAUAA